AUGCUCCGUUUGCUGAUUGUCUCGGUACUCUUUGCUACAACUCUCGGAUACCGUCUAACUGAGUACACAGGCAAUCGCUGCACAAAAGCUGAAGCUGGAUUUCAUCCGCUUGCGGGAGCUACUGCGUGCAACAAACUCAAUCAUAUCGAUGCGAAAUCAAUACUAGUGAAGAUUGACAAUGUCUACGACGACCAACAUUCAGUUAUAGUGUACGAGAAUGACGACUGCACUGGAUCCAUCCUCGGAGUUAUCGAGAACAUGAACGGCUGCUUGAACCUCCAUGGGCUUAACAACGUCGUCGGCAGAUCCGUAAAGGUUAUAUCCGGUACCGUGGAGUCCUCAGUAUUUGCGAAUGAAGGGUUUGAGACCAAUUACCUAUACAAUCUCCCUGCGCAGGAUAGAAGCCAUGUUAUGGUCCCUAUUGCCCAUGCUUUCUUCCGCACGGUUGACAUAACCAAUCACGCGGACGAUGGUACCUACGACGACGAAGCCUUUGACAUAUUCAUCACUACUGAGCUUGACCAUGUCCUCCGCUUAGAGACCAACGUCAUAGUGCCUCUCGCAGAACCCGACAUCGCAGAAUCCGUCAAAUCAGCAUCCAUCAAUCUCGAAAGGGCCGAUCUACUCGAGCGGAUAUCAGGAGGGAUGGAAGGGCUCGAGGCAGUAGCAAAUUCGUUCGCGAUGCAAGUGUCAGAGACAAUGAGGGUCAUCUAUAAUUUGUCGGCCCACCUUGCACAGGAAGUGGAGAAUACAUUCAAACAUGCCGCCGAGCGAGCGUCGAGCAGGGGAGAUUUUGACUUCUUGUACUCCCAAAAGAAUCAGGGACGUCUGGUCAGGAAAUUGAUUGACUCGGCUCAGUCGCAGGGCCUUACCAACGCGCAAUGGAACUUGAAAGAUAAGUGUGGCAGGACGUGGGAGGUAACACUCAAGAUGAGAGAGCAUAAUGAGAAUGAGGGCGGGUCAUUAUGGGGUUGGUAG